AUGAAGCUUAAUACAAAAAUAUCAUCAUCCCGACGAAAAAUGAGAAAAGCUCAUUUUUCUGCACCAGCAGGUCUUAGGAGGAAAAUUAUGUCAUCUAAAUUGUCAAAAGAAUUGAGACUAAAAUAUAAUAUUCGUACCUUGCCAAUCAGAAAAGAUGACGAAGUUCUCAUAUGCAGAGGACACAAUCACGGAAGAGAAGGAAAAGUUGUAAAAAUUAAUAGAAAGAGAUUUAAAAUAUACGUUGAAAGAGUUACAAGAGAAAAAGUUAAUGGAGAAUCUACUUUCAUAGGUAUUCACCCAAGCAAUGUUAUACUAACAAAACUAAAAAUUGACAAAAAUCGUAAAAAAGUAUUAGAUAGAAAAGGAGCAAAAGAUACUGCAUAA